AUGAGUACUAUUACCGCAGAAAAACCCAAAUCAUCUGGUGUUAGAACAUCAACAUUAAAAGAUGUUAAACAAGAAGCUAACCAUUGUUUCAAUCGUGCUAAAAAAUUAGAAAAUGAUAAAAGUUAUGAAGAAGCAACAGUGUUAUAUAAACGUGUUAUAUCAUUGAUCCAAACAUAUGAGAAAGAUAAUAAAAUAGAUGAACAUUCCAUAAAAGAAUUUGAUACAUUGAAACGAAAUGCAACUCAAUGCUUGAUGCAAAUAACUUUACACUCAAGUCCCCCGUCUGUGCCAACUUAUGCAAAUACGAUGCGACAAUUAUCGAAUAGAGUAGAGCAAUCAUCUAAUGAACAAGAUCUAGCGCAAAUGAGCGAACAAGUAUUUGUUGAUGAAGCAGCAUUUCAACCAGUUAAGAAUAAUCAUGAAGAAGUAAACGCUGUCGUCUUAUUCGACCUUGAACAAGGAGCCAAAUUAUUUUACAUGGCGGCGGAUGGAAAGAUAGUAACGACAUUCGAUACAUUACCGUUAUCAAUAUAUGAAAUGACUGAGAAUGCUGAUGAAACAUGUGGUUUGUUAAAACUUGGUAAUUGGAUUUACCCAUUACAUCCAAAAGUGUCACCAGCAUUUAAAACAGCGUACGACGCUUAUCUGUUUCCUAACAAUACCUCUGUUGGGGAAUUUGUUGGUUUAAUGUUUGAUGAGAAAGUAGCACCAGAUAUCGUGCAAUACUUUGAAGAUGUUCUAUCAAAAUACUCUGUUUUCAUGUCACAACAAGGCACUCCAACUUAUGGUGAAUCGUUAGUAUCUCCUACUACAUCAUCUGCUACAGCUCACCUGAAUAAACUCGCUCCUGCUCCUAAAGAAGCAGAUACAUCGAAGAAAGUGGAAAAGAAAAAAGGCGAAAUAAUUGGUAAAGAAGAAGUGGGUGUGGUGGACGAAUCUCUCUACGAUGCGUCGACUACCACAGGAAAAUUAGCAGGUGCAUUGGUGGGUGGAACAAAAUUUUUAACAAAACAAUUGGCAACAGGAGUAGUAAUAGCAGAAAAUCUGAUUGGCAAAGCAUCAGUCAAAGUUCACGACAGUUUGGUGUCGUCAGCCGAACCAGUAAAAAUUCAUCCAGUUUCUAAGGUCGGUUCGAUGACAUUGGGUCUUGCUAGAACAUUUGCACCACAAUUUGGAAAAGUGCAAAAGAAGAAAAAUACCGAUGGAACAGAGGAAAUUGUCAAAUUAUCAGGCGUACGCGGUAUUGGUCAUGCAGGCCUAACAAGCUUUUCUAUUGCGUACGAAAGUUGUGAAAAUGCAGCAAAACACUUAGCCACCAGUCUUGCUGACGAAUCGAUUUCUGUUGUGAAACACAAAUACGGUGAAGAUGCGAGUAUAUUGACGGAGAAUGCAAUGUACGCUGUAGGUAAUACAGCAUUAACAACGUACCAGAUGAGUAGUCUUGGACCGAAAGCAAUUGCAAAAAAGGUGGUUAAACAAACAGCAAAAGAAACAGCUAAAAAUGCAUUCCGAUAG